AUGUCCACAAAUAAUAAUCAAAUUAAUGGUGAUGGCAACAUGGAUACUAUUGAUAGCAUUAUCUCAACACAAAAUAAUCAACAUUCUACCCAAAAUCCAUUUUCUCCACCAAAUACUCAUCAAAACACCCACACAGAACACCCAAAAACUACUCCAAAAUUUAAUAAAUCUCAUAACCCAAUCAACUCUUUUAACAUUUCAAAAAACCAAAAUUACAAAAACAAAAAUUAUCAUUCAAACUCAUCAUUUAUUUCAGACCCAAAUUUUAAAAAAAAAAUUUUAAAUAAUAUUAUUAAGAAUAAUGAACCAAUACUAUUUUUUGAACUACCAACUACACAUCAUAACAACAUAACCAACAUAAUCCAAAACUAUACUGGUGCGCCUGAGGUAAACCAAACAAAGGAUAAAAUUAUCGCAACAUUCACAAAUGAUUUGUCAAGAGACAGUUUCCUGAAAAAUCUUUCAAAUCAAAACAUUAUCAAAAUCAAAACUGGUAAAGAAAUACUAGAACUUAAAUUCACAGUUCCAGAACCAUUUGGAUUACAACCAAAUAAUAUAUCACUUUAUACUGAUUUUGAUGCAAUUUUAUCACAACUUCUACUAAAAAGAAUAAAUCCAACAACACUCAAAUACAUCACCCAUAUAAACAACAUUCAAACCGAUAAAUUUGACCAAUCGAUCAUUUUCAAACAUCUAUCACUAAAAUUUAAUUCAUGUUUAGAAAGAUCACUAUUCCUUUUUCACAACAACUGUCAAAUAAACACUGGAUCAUCAGAUCUCCCACAUUACAAAGACUUAACAAUACCAAAAAAAGAAUUCCAAUUGUCAUAUGAAGUUUCAACACCUCAAAACAAUAAUAUGGAAAUAAUACUACCUUUGUUUAAUAAAAUCAUAUCUGUUAUCCCCAACUCUAAUUGUGAUACAUUUUUCACAAAAAACAACAACCAUCACUUCACAUUAAGAUCUACCUACUUAAAUCAUGGUCCUCUAUCAAAUUUAAACCAAAACACCAUAAACUUAGAUGAAUGUACUAUCAAUAUUGAAUCAUUCAUCUACACUGCAGACCAACAUGUUCUACUUAACAAGUUCUCAAUCUGCAACAAUCCUCUUGACCCAAGUAAGCGAUUAAAACUCGAUUUAUGGUUAUCCCAUAUUGGUUCAAUUAAAUUAAACAAUGAAAUUAUAUCUGCAAUUUCAUUUGUUCCUACCACCAAUACCACUCUACCAAACACAUUACCCACCACAUUACCUACCACCUUUAUUAAUAAAUCAUUCGAAAACGAAUGCUCGCAUUUAUUAAAAAACCUAAUUAUCCAAUACCAAUCACAACCUCAGAUUGGAUUUAAACCUAACAUUAUAUGCAAUUACACUGAUAUUGAAGACUUUUUACAUAUAGUAAAAUGUUUAAGUUAUUAA